UCUUUCUUCCGUUCUUUAUGUCAUUUCCUGUGAUGAAAAAUGGUGGUCAAAGCUCGGGGAGGCGACCGAGUCGCUGCAAAAAAUUAACGGGAAACUUUGCAUCGUCGGGCGGGCAGCCGCGGAGCCAGCGGCCGGGGUUCGGUGCUCGGCGGCCGCGGGAGGGGAGAGCGGAGCUUCACCCGGGACGGAGGGUCCGUGUCCCCGCUGCGUCUCUGCACAAGAGUUGUGACGUGCUGUUUUCCACCAACAUGGUUCCACCAUGAGCGAGCGGUCGUUGGACCUCUGGUUCUGUGAGGAGUGCCAGGACUAUUUCCAGAAGGAGUGUCCGUCCCACGGGCCCCCGCUGUUUGUCCCCGACACACCUGCGGCCCCAGGGUCGGCCAACAGGGCGGCGCUCACCGUCCCGUCAGGCCUGGAGGUCUUCACCGAGGGGAACGAGGUGGAUGUCCGCUGCCUGGAUCCAAACAUCCCUAAGGGGGCGGUGUUCGGCCCGUACGAGGGAGAGCUGGUGUCCAAGGACAAGUCCUCCGGCUUCUUUUCCUGGAUAAUUGUUGAUUUUAACAACACGUAUCAAUCCAUCGAUGGCAGCGAUGAGACCAAAGCCAACUGGAUGAGGUUCGUGCGGACCUCGUCAGAGGAGAUCGAGAGGAACUUGACAGCGUUUCAACGUGGUAAAAACAUUUACUUCAGAGUGUGUCGGACGCUAGCAGCAGGAGAGAAGCUGAGGGUCUGGUACAGCGACGACUACAUCAAACGACUUCACUGUGUCUCUCAGGAGAGCAUCGACCGCAACCUGGACACAGAUACCGAGAAGCCGACAGUCCUGCCCAACAUUCAGAAGGACCUUAAAUCUUCCUGCCUGCAGUCAGCUCUGCAGGGCAAACCCAGCCCCAGUAAACAACCCAGUGAAGAGUCCGACGGUCAGCCUCCCACCAAGAGGAAGAAGAUCGACCUCAUCUUCAAAGACGUCCUGGAGGCUUCUCUUGAGGACUCCAGUAAGUCUUCCCUCCAAAGUGAGUGCAAAGCGCCAGUCCUCGGGUCCGGGUUCAUCUCGUCUGAAGGCGGCUUUAACGUACCAAACCUGAAGGUGGAGGAGAAAGAGGAGGAGAACCACAACAGUGAGGAACCCUCCACCUCCUUCUGCCCCAACUGUGUCAAACUGAAGAGGAGGAUCCAGGAGCUGGAGGAGGAGCUGUCCCGAGUCAGAGGAGAACGAGGCAACGUGUUUGUUUCAUCAAUGUCAGAACAGAUCCAGGCGCAACACAAUCAGGCCCCGCCCCAUCCUGAGCAGGGCCCUGUCGAGGAUUUUCAAGUUAUGGAGCCCUUGACGCCCACUCAGGUGGUCCUGGAUGAAGACGACCAGGACGUGGACUCCGCUGAUGAGUCAAUUGCUGCAGAUCUGGUGAUUUCUCCGGAAGACUCACUGAAGCUUUCCUCUGGAGGAGGCCGGCGGAUUCGUCGCUUCAAGCAAGAGUGGCUGAAAAAAUUCUGGUUCCUUCGCUACUCACCGACCCUCAAUGAGAUGUGGUGCCAUGUCUGCCGCCAAUACACCGUCCAGUCAUCCCGAACCUCUGCCUUUAUUAUCGGCUCCAAGCAGUUUAAGAUCCACACCAUCAAGCUCCACAGUCAGAGCAACCUCCAUAAAAAGUGUCUGCAGCUAUACAAGUUGCGCAUGCAUCCAGAGAAGACUGAGGAGAUGUGCAAGAACAUGAUGCUGCUGUUCAAUGCAGCGUACCACCUGGCCAUGGAGGGACGGCCCUUCUCCGACCUCCGUCCACUGGCAGAGCUUCUGAAGAGGUGUGAGCUCAAAGUGGUGGACCAGUACAUGAAUGACGGAGACUGUCAGAUCCUCCUCCACCACAUCGCCCGGGCUUUAAAAGAAGACCUGGCUGAGAAGAUGCGUCUAUCACCUUUCCUAAGUGUCAUAAUGGAUGCCCAAAAUGAUGACCUUUUCUCAGACAUGGUGGCAGUCUACGUUCAGUUCAUUACCAACGAGGGCUCCCCAAACACAGAGUUCCUGUCCUUGCAGAGACUGAGCAUGGCCAGUGUGGACGGAUAUCUGCAGGCUAUGGAUCGAGCCUUUGGCGUCCUCGGCCUCAGGUUUCAGGACUUGCUGGUGGUGGGUCUGGGGGUAGAUGGCACCAACAUCUCUACAGGAAUGAGAGGCAACCUGUACAUAGCUGUACAAAAGACUUUUCCAUGGAUUCUCUGCCUUCCGAUCAUGAUCCAUCGGCCCCAUCUGGAGGUGCUGGAUGCCAUCAGUGGGAAGGAGCUCCCCUGCUUAGAGGAUCUGGAGAACAACCUCAAGCAGCUCCUCAGUUUCUAUCGCUACUCCCCUCGCAUGAUGGCCGAGCUGCGAUCCACUGCUCCAACACUGUCUGAGGAGACAGAGUUUCUUGGGGACAUCAGAGCCAUUCGAUGGAUCAUAGGAGAACCAAAUGUCCUUAACGCGCUCAUCAAAGAUUACCUGGAGGUAGUCGCCCAUCUGAAGGAGAUCAGCAGCCAGACACACAGAGCGGACGCUGCAGCCAUUGCCCUUACCCUCCUCCAGUUCCUCAUGGACUAUCAGUCCGUAAAGCUCAUCUACUUCCUCCUGGAUAUCAUAGCUGUUCUCUCACGAUUAGCCUUCAACUUCCAGGGAGACUACCUGCUGGUGUCACAGGUGGAAGCCAAGAUAGAAGAAGCCAUUCUGGAGAUUGGACAGUUGGUGGACUGCCCUGGAGAGUAUCUGCAGGAGUUUGAGGAAAACUUCCGUGAAAGUUUUAAUGGCGUUGAUCUGAAGAACCUGCGUGUAGCUGAGUCCAAGUUUCAAUCCAUACGGGAAAAGAUCUGCAACAGGAGCCAGGGCAUCCUGUCUCAGAGGUUGGAUCUGCAGAGUCGCUCGUUCGCCAAAGCCUGCAAGGUCCUGGACCUGUCCACCUGGCCUCAGAACCAGGAGGAGCUACAAGCAUACGGGGAGGAAGAAAUCCAGGUGAUAUUAAACCAUCUGGAGUCCGUUCCCUCUGCAGGUCAGGAGGGCUCCAGGACCGAGGCCAGGGGCAGCCUGGUGGUGGAAUGGAAGGAUCUGAAGGCAGACUACUACAGCAUGAACGGUUUUAAGGAGGUCAUCAGUCACAUCUGCAGGUACAAGCAGCGCUUCCCUCUGCUGAAUCGGAUUGUGCAGGUUGUCAGAGUCCUGCCGAGUUCCACAGCCUGCUGCGAUAAAGGCAGAGGUUCUCUUCAGAAGAUGUGUAGAAACAAUCGUUCCCGGCUGACUCUGGAGCAGAUGAACGACCUGCUGACUGUGGCAGUGAACGGACCGCCAAUCGCUAACUUCGAUGGGAAGCGAGCGCUGGACAGCUGGUUUGAGGAGAAGUCUGGGAGCAGUUACUCUCUGUCAGCGGAGAUGUUGAACAGGAUGUCAGCUGGCGACCAGAAGUCUGUCUUACACAAUGUCGACGUCAACACGGAGUUCUACUCUGACAUCUAACAGGCCGACCCAGUGGUGUAGGGUUGCAACAAAAUAACACUACAUCACUGAACUAACGAUAACGACACCAGCGAUUCCAAACCAGGGCUCCUUCUGCAGUUACCAGAGGCUACAUGGAAAGAUUGUGAUGCUCAGCUAAUCUGAAUAAAUCUAAAUUAUGAUUAAGAACACAUAUUAUACAUUUAUAUUUAGAAAAAAUCAACACACAAAUUUGGAUGACAGGAUUACAAAUGUGCAUGAUUCUGAUCUGUAGUAUUUUCACAAUAUCUUACCAACUAUGGUAGUCGGACUGCACAAGACAAGCCACAGCUUUCCACCAAUUAGAGUCAAUCUAUAGGUCGAGUAAAAAUGCAGAAAACCUAGUUAGAAAAAGACUGUAGGGGAACGUGUGACAUAAAAACGAUUUGGAACCACUGAGCUGCAUCACUGGGAAAACCUCAGCUGGAUGGAUAGAUUACAAAACCAGCAGACCAGCCAAGGGGCCCAAAUGUUCAGGGGGCCUUAUGGGCUUCAGCUGCAAAAUGAAACACAAAAUGACCACAAAGACGCACAGAGACAUAAAUGCUAAACAACCACAGUGAGAUGCAAAAUGACUGAAGAGACACAACAUAACUACAAAGAGACGGAAAUUACCACAAACAGAUAUUAAACAACCACAAAGAGAUGCAAAAUAAACACAGAGACAUACACUGCACACACUGACUACGAACAGUGGCAAAACAACCAGAAGACGUGAAAGAACCACAAAGAGAUGCAAAAUGACUGAAGAGACAGAAAACAGCUACAAAGAGACACUAAAUAACUACACAUAGACUUAGAAAUGACGUCAAAGAGAAGCAAGCAACCACAAAAUGAUGCAAAACGACAAGAGACACAAAAUGUUUACAAAAUGAUGCAAGACAAUGACGAAGAGAUGCAAAACGAUUGAAGAGAUACAAAACAGCUACAAAGAGACACACAUGGACCACAGAACAACCACAAACAGAUGCCAAAAAACCACAAAGCGACACAAAACAUUCACAGGCAAGCAAAAUGACCAUAGAGACAUGCAUCAACUUUAAAGAAAUGCAAAACAACUAUAAUGGCAUGCAAAAGAACCACAAAGAUGUGUAAAAUGACCGAGUUAAGAGUUAAGUUAAGAGACACAUACUGACCACAAAAGAACUACAAAGAGAUGCAAAUCAAUCACAGGGAUGCAAAACAACCUCGAAGAGACACAAAAUGACUGCAGAGACAAAAAGAAAACACAGAGAUACAAAACAACUACAAAUGCUUGCAAAACUACUACAACAAGAUGCAAAACAACCUCAAAGUGAUGCAAGACGACUACAAAUACACGUAAAACCACCACAACAAGAUGCGAAACAACCACAAAGAUGCAAAAGGACCUCAAAGAGAGACAAGUCAAAACGAUCUCAAAGAAACACAAAACAACUACAGAGGCAAAAAAACACAUGGAGACAAAAAACUACAAAUACAUGCAAAACUACCACAAAGAGAUGACAAACAAUUACAACAAGAUGCAAAACAACCUUAAAGGGGUGGAAGGAUGACUACAAACAGAGGCAAAAUAACUAUAAAGAGACUCAAGUCAACCUCAAUGAAACACAAAACGACUACAGAGGCAAAAAACAACUAUAAAUUCAUGCAACACUACCACAUAGAGAUGAAAAACAAUCACAAGAUGCAAAACACCUGUAAAGAGGCGCAUGAUGACUACAAGCAGAGGCAAAACAACCACAAGGAGACACAAAACAACUACAAAUACAUACAAAACCACCACAAAAACACGCCAAACAACCACAGAGACAUAAAAGGACCCUUAAAGAGACGCAAGACGACUAUAAACAAAGGCAAAUCAACCACAAAGAGAUGCAAAACAAAUUCACAAAACAGCUUGAAAGAGACAGAAAUUGUUUACAAAAUGACACACAACAACCAUAAAAAGACGCAGAAAACUACGAAUACAUGCAGAACAACCGCAAACGACCACAAACUACAAACUUAUGUGUAGCUGUGUCGUGGUUGCAGUUGAUUGCUGAUGCAUGUUAGUUCCCAGAGGCCCACUGUCUCAUAUCCGUCCAUGUUCAGCUGGAUGUUGUGCUGAAAUCUUUCUCCUCUGACUGACUGACUCCUUUGACUGAUGAACAUUGUUAAACUGAAGGCUACUGAGUGGCCCUUGUUCUAUAUAUAAUAAUUAAGCACUUGUUGCCAGAAUAAAAGUCAGUUCUACUUUGGGAACAAUCUAUUAGUGUCAAACUAAAUGUCUAUUGAGCUGCUCUCUGCUUCAGCUUCUGUGCCAAUGGGAUAUUCAGUCAUGUAGUGCCUGACAGAAACGAAACAGCUAGAGUGUAACGAUGUAUAAAGGCUUUAUAUUUCUAUUAGAAAUGCAGACAUUGCUGCUUCACACUGUAUAUAUUGUAUAAACUGUACAUAUUGUAAAUGCUUUUGAGCCUGUUUUUAAGGAGAGUAUUUUUCUCUUGAAUCUGAUGAUUGUGCCAUAAUGAUCGAAUGCAAGAACCGAAAGAAAAAGGUGCUAUCCUGCUAUGCCAUACUGCAUUCUGCCAUAUUUGUUUAGAUGUUUACUGCUGCAAGUUAUAUAUUUGAAACAUGUUCUUUUUCACCGAUGCAUCAGCUUCAUGUUUGGGUGUUUCCAGCCAAAGCUCAGGCUUAAAGUAAUUCAAGUAAGUUUUAAAAACUGCAUGACGAUAUUUAACUGUUGCUUUUAGCGCACACUUCUGUAGUAUUUUAUCAUGUUAUAGGUGCCUGUAUUUAAUAAGUGUGCGGAUACAGUGAGCUGAGACAGGAUGAACUCAGCAGGCAGAUGCUCACUUUUGCUUUGUUGUUUUUUGUUUGUUUGUUUUUACAAAUGUUAUGUAAGGUUUGCUUUGUGUUUUUAAGGUCAAGGAAUAGUUUGACAUUUUGGGAAAUACAGUUAAUUAUUUGGACCAUAAUUACAAGCAGCCAAAUGAGUUUUCAUGUCAGCCUUCGACUGAAUUUUUCACAGCAACGGAGUGCCCAUGGUCAUAAACUUCCUGGAAAAAUUAUGAAAUUAGAAAAACAACUCUAAAGAUCUCCAAUUAAUACAAUAUAUUUCAUUAAAGCUCUACACAAAUACAAAUGUAAAAUUAACAGUCUGGGGUUUUACAGGAGGUUCAUGCUGUAGUUGUUAGUUUUUAGUCUUUAUGCUAAGCUAAGCUAAGCUAAGCUAAUCGUCUCUGAGCUCUGGCGCUGUACUUCUUAUCUAUCUUUCAGCCUAAAAGAAAAUUAAUUUCCCACAACCCUGCGUCCUUAUAGAAAGACAUCACAUUUUGGGAUUGCUGCACUUUAUACUUAAUUUUGCUUAACUCAGACCUGUUGUCCUCGUUCAUGGACACUUUUUUGUGCCAUUUAGUUUUAGCAAGACCACAAUACACUAAUCCAUUUACAAGCCGAUCGCAACACAGAAGUCGGCAAGAUACAAAACGUGAUCAAAUUUUAUGGUUGAAACUUGUUUUUUGUUAUUAUUAUUUUUAAAACAAUUAACAUACACGACACAUAGCAACACACAGCAUGGCACACAUAUACAUAUCUGGGGGUCAUGUAGUCAUGGCUAAGCCUCCCUCUGGCUGCCAAUUUAGACUUGACAUUAGCAAUGAACUGAUUCCCCCAAACAAAUACCAUAACAUAUACACAUAAACUAUACAUACACACACCCACACACGUCUCCACACAUGAUGUAAUACAUAAAACACAUGCUGACACACACAGACAAACUCAGAAGCAUACACAUCCACACAAAUGUGCAUUAAAUAGUAUGUACAGAGGUGGACAAGUGGGCAAAAACCAGUAACAACAUAAAGUUGACAUUAAAAGUUAAUGGUAGUAGUGAUUGCAAUAGUAAUGAAAGGAAAAUUCAUAUAAACAUAUGAUGCAUGAUUCUUCAUCAGCAUAAUGAUGUGGUCCUGUCUAGGUUGAAUCUGAUCCACUGGACACAGGGCCCAGUGGCUCUUUUUAUUUUUGCUUCAUUAAGUUGAAGUGUUUUUUUUUUCUUUACUUUAUUGCCAACUUUUGACUAUUAAAACAAACCGAUCGUCCCCAUGUGAUCAGGUCCUACUAUUGCCAAAAAGCUAGAAGAAAUUAAAAAUUAAUACAAAAGCUGAGGUCUCAGGAGGUUGAGUGUAUUUCCCUAAAAUGUCAAACUACUUCUUAACGUUUGCUGUAUGAUUAGCUCCAAGCUAUUUCAUUUUACUGACAGAUAAAACCUUUGUUUUUAUUUUUACGUAUAGUGCACGUCUGUAUCGUAUGCAUGCAGUUAUUACUGUAUAAAGCCGACCUGUGUUUGAGAGCAUAAUGUUUGUGCGCAGGAUGCUGCCCGAGCUGUCGUCAGACUGAUGAUUUACAAGAAGUGUGUUUUUCUAGGUGAUUCAUGUGCGGCGCAGGAACAGACUGUUGGUUGGUUUGAUCACGUUUCAUUUCAAUCCAAAAACAUCUUUGACUUAAGAAUGACAAUAUUUCGUGCUAUGCCUUAUUCUGUACGUGUUUUAACGGCUGUUCAUCUUUAUACCGACAUUUGGCUGAUUGUAAUCUGACUCCAGAGCAGAGCGGAGCGGAGUCGACUUUAAGUUGUUGUUGAUGUUUGAUGUUUGCUGAACUGUGAGAUUUUUCACUGCUGGAGUUGGAGAUGAAUUUUGGUUACACACGAUCCAAAAGAAAAUGAGUGGUUACUUGAUUUCUCUGUUCACUGUUUCUUCUGUUUCAAAUGCUUUAAAAAAUACACUUUAAAAGACAUUUGAUCUGAAGUUUGUCAGUUGAAUUAAUCCUGUCGUCAGGUGACGACUUAAUAUUGUCAGCUUUUUGGGAUGUAAGUAAACAGGAGCUGGACGGCAAUGAGACUGACACAAUCCAAACGGCUUUGUCUCAACUGAAGAGUUUAUACUUAUUUAUAUUAUAUUCAACUUAAAGGUCCAGUGUGGAGGAUUUAGGGGGAUAUAUUGGCAGAACUGGAGUAAAAUAUAAUUAGUAUGUUUUCUUAAGUUUAUAAUCACCUGAAAGAAUUGUUGUGUUUUUGUUACCUUAGUAUGAGCUGUUUAUAUGAACAUAGGGAGCGGGUCCUUGUCUACAGAGAUCGUUAUGUUGCACCACCAUGUUUCUACAGUAGACCGUAAUGGACAAGCCAAACACUGGCACAAGAGCUUCAAAAAACACUUUCUUAAAUAUAUUUUUAUUGUUGUUGUUUUUUUUAACAUAUAAGCUAAGGUAAAAGAAAACACUCAAAUAAAAAACACAUACCCAUGUACACUGAUGUACAGAUACACACAACGGGGCUCAGAGGUAGAGCGGGUCGUCCACCAAUUGGAAGAUCAGCGGUUUGACCCCCGGCUCCUCCAGUCUGCAUGUCAAAGUAUCCUUGAGCAAGAUACUGAACCCCAAAUUGCUCCCAAUGUUGCUUCCAUCAGUGUGUGAGUGUGUUAAAAGCACCUCGUAUGGUAGCCUUGGCCACCAGUGUAUGAAUGUCUGCGUGAAUGGGUGAAUGUGACUCGUAGUGUAAAAAGCGCUUUGAGUGGUCGGAUAACUAGAAAGGUGCUAUACAAACGCAGGUCCAUUUACCAUUUACCAUACAUAACCUUUAAAGAAACAGGCAGUCACACAAGAUAAAGUCCCAGUCAGGACCUAUCCUAUUAUGAUCGGCUGCAACAAGAUGUUAAAAAUAAAGUAAUUGUGACUUACUUCACAUGGAGUUAUCGAUAAAGUGGGGGUUUAGAUUCUGGCUUUUAUAUAUUCCAUAUAUGGAUUCCAGAUUCUCAGAAAUUUAUCAGAGGAGCCAUUUAAUGGGAAUCUUGGUUUCGAGUCCAGGUCGGUGUAUGAGGGUUCUUCCAGUGGAGAAGGAUUAACCUCCGUCCUUCGUUAUUUUGAGUUUAGAUCCUUAAAGGGCCAGUGUGUAAUAUUUGUCAUGGUUUAUUGUCAAUCUGAAUCUGAAUCUGAAUAUUCUACCCAUUAAUAUGUUUAUACAAGUGUAUAAUCGCUAUAAAAUAAAAUUCGUUUGGUUUUCGUAGCCUUAUAAUUAUGCUUUUAUAUUUAUAUAUAUAUAUAUAUAUAUAUAUAUAUAUAUAUAGCAAGGGCCUUGCUUUAGAGAGGUCGCCAUCUUGCGCCGCCAUGUAUGUACGGCAGACCGAGCAGACAAUCCAGCCAGCCAGAGAACGCGUUUCGCGUGUAUAAAUAAACCAACAAAGACAGCGGAAGGAAGGAAGAAGGAGGAGGAAACAGCAGAGAGUGUUAGUAGUUCGUCGAUAGAGAGUAGUGAAAAGUUUUUUUUAGUUAUAAAGUUUGCGAAUGGACCACACUUACCACACAACAGGAGAGAAUGAACCUGAACCGUCAUCUGCGAGGAAAAGAAGACGCAACUUCACUCCUUGUGAUGCACUCUCUGCGGCGCUUUGAUAUAUGCUGGUGAUAUAUCUCCCCAAAGAUGGCAGCAGUAGCACCCAAUCCCAUUCUGUGCAUUCAGCCUCUCUUCUCGCCCGCCCAGCAUCAAACACAUGGAGUUCCUCAUCUGUAUGCUCCGGCUCAAACAGGUAUGGCUCUGGGUCUGUGUCCACUACAAGAAACUCUUCAAAAUCGCGUUCAAAGUCGUCCAUUGCAGCUACUAUAGUUCGGAGAUAUUGCUAGGCUAAAUAAACAGCUGAGCUCUGUUUACCGGCUACGCUGUCAGUAAGUGUGCUGGCUGGAGGUUGAGCAGAGAGGGGAGGGGGUCCCCACUCAGUAUGGUAAACGAGUAUGUGUGUAAAGUUAUGAAGUGUGUCUGUUACACUAGAAGAGUCAGAGUUUGGGACGGAGUCUUUUACCCCCUGGAGUGUUACCAGAGUUUUUGGAGUGCUCAAAUAAACUGGCCUUUUUCCUGAACGCUCCUCUGGUCUCCUCGUGAGGGAUUCAUUACAAUAUCGUAACAUGGUUUAGAUUUCUAAAUAAAUAUUCAUCUUGUGGCUAGAUAGACCUACUCCUGAAAAACUCAAGCGCAAGGCUUUUUGUCCCUACGAGGCCACCGUCAUUUACCCGACGGGAGGGGUGUGCGAGUGAGCCCUGCAAUCUAAAAUUUGACCACUGAUGUCACUGUUUUCAACCCAUUUUACACACUGGCCCUUUAAAGAUUCUUAUUUUCCUCUCCUGCUAUGCCAAAAAUAGCUGUCAGAGGAUCUGGGCUAAUUCUCAUUUUAAAAAUAUCCCACAGCGUUUUGAAGAUCGAACUCCAAUAAAUGGACAAAUUAGGACACAGCCAGAUGAGUUUGCUAAGGAUGCAGGAGAAAGUAUGCACCUGUCACAAGUGGAAUCACCAUUAAGGAACAUUUUACAAUUUUACAGAGUUUGACUACGUUAAACUGCUUGUUUUAACUGGUUUAAAUCACCUGGUCCGUUUGUUUUGAAAAGGACGAGACCUCUGUAGAUUAUUAAGCUCACAGUAAAAACCUCCUGGACGCUCAUGAACACUGAAAGGACUCUAACCAGGUGAAGUUUCAGCUGGUUGCAAUCUGCCAUCCUCACUGCUAGUUACCACUCAAUCCCCCUAAAUCUUACACGCCGUUCCUUCAAGAUAAGAUGAGCUGUCGUUGAUUCCAGAGGGGAAAUUCAGAGUUGCAGCAGCACUAAGACAGAAAUAUAAAUACGUAUAAUAAUAUGAGGUACACAUUCAGGAUCAGAUGGGGAAAUGAGAAAGGUAAGAAUAGAAAUGAUACAAGAGCAAUUAAAGACCAAGGUACAAGGUAAACGUUAUUUUUAAAGCAUGAAACCCUGAAACAACAGAACUACAAGACUCUCACAUGAAGCUGAUAUUUAUUUGUAAAUGUAUAUGUUAGAUAUAUAGAUGGUGCCACAAGAAAAAUGUUAAUAUUAAUGCACUCUAUCAUUCUUGUUAUUAUUCUUUUGUCUUACUCUUGUGUCAAACAAAAAUUUAAACACAACACACUUAAUUUCCACCACCACAGCCUUUCAUUGUGACCAGCUGCCCAGGGCUCAGCUGUGUUUAAUCAGCACCUUGAUAUGUCACACCUGUCAGGUGGAUAGAUUAUCUUGGAAAAGGAGAAGAGCUAUUUUAACGAAUUUGCGACCAAAAUUUGAGAGAAAUAACUCCUUUGAAAGUAUAAAAAAAAUCUUAAUUCUUUAACUUAAACCUGUGAAAAAUGGGAGCCAAAAAAAGUGCUGUGUUUAAAUUUUUGUCAGGUGUAUUUAAGGGACAAUUAUGCGCUCACUUUUGGAACUACAGCUCCCAUAAUGCUCUGGGGAACACCCUUUUGACAGUUGGUGAACUUUAAAAAAAAGUAUGCUGAAUUAUUUAUCAGCAGCUCCAGUUUGCGGUGCACCCUCGGAUGUACAGACAACUGUCACUGGAUUACAUUGGUACUGAAGAAAACUUAUGGGCGAUUACCUCUGAUAAAAGGAAUUCGUCCACAACACUCACCACAGCUGAACUUGGACCUGAUUGGCUCCAUAAAGAAUUACUGAAAUCUGUCCAACCAACCAGAAGGCCUCAUUCAGCCGAGGGUCACAGUGGAACACACGGGACACCAAACCCAGCCG